UCCAUAGGUUUAAUAUUUGUGCGUUCCUAGGCGUUUCACUGAGAUAUUCCUGACUGGAUUAUAUAGCCUAUUCUUUCGUGACCCUUUCCAGAACGAAUGUCGAAGCCUGCUCGGCUACCUAUGCGUAUUUCCACCGGAAGCAUUGACCAGCAACUUGGUGAUAGGUUGCUGGAUAAACUCCAUAUUUUACGGCGAAAGACCGAAUGUUGGUAAUUCACCUGUUAUUGAUAGGGGGUCGAUUUUUUUUCCUGGGUAAAGAAACUGGGCGGUUAUAAAGACAGGCAUAUGCAGAUCGUAGGAUUUAAAUUUCCCAAAUGAUACGGAAUAUUCGAACAUCACUAUGAGCACUAUAUCGGCCAUGAAGUUGUGUCCUGCCAUUACUGUGAUUCUGUGGUGCGUUGGUGCUAGUAGCUUGACGCGGGCCGCCAAAAUUGUGAUCGUGCCUCCAAUCAUGUUCGAGAGCCACCUGUACAUCUUCAAGACCCUGGCGUCGGCCCUGCACCGGGAGGGGCACGACACGGUCUUCCUGGUGUCCGAGGGGCGCGAGGUGCCCCCCUCGGAACACUACCGCCUCCAGCGCUACCCGGGCAUCUUCAACAGCACCUCGGCGGACGACUUCCUGCAGAGCAAGGUGAAGAACAUUUUCUCGGGCCGGCUGACCGCGCUGGAGCUCUUCGACAUCCUGGACCACUACUCGCAGAACUGCGACGCCAUGGUGGGCAGCCAGGCGGUCAUGUCGCGGCUGAAGGGCGAGCGCUUCGACCUGCUCCUGGUCGACCCCAACGAGAUGUGCGGCUUCGUCGUCGCCCACCUGCUGGGCGUGCGCUACGCCGUCUUCAGCACGGGCCUGUGGUACCCGGCCGAGGUGGGCGCCCCCGCGCCGCUCUCCUACGUGCCCGAGUUCAACUCGCUCCUCACCGACCGGAUGGGCCUGCUCCAGAGGAUUACAAACACGGCCGUCUACCUGGUGUCCCGCUUCGGGGUCCAGUUCCUGGUGCUGCCCAAGUACGACCGGAUCAUGAAGAAGCACGACGUCCAGCCGCUGGUGUCCAUGCACCAGCUGGUGCAGGGGAGCCGGCUGUGGAUGCUCUGCACCGACAUGGCGCUGGAGUUCCCCCGCCCCACCCUCCCGCACGUGGUGUACGUGGGGGGCAUCCUGACCAAGCCCCCGAGCCCCCUCCCCGAAGAAUUUCAAUCUUGGGCCAACAGUGCAGAGGAGAAUGGGUUUGUGCUGGUCUCCUUUGGGGCAGGUGUGAAGUACCUGUCCGAUGACAUCGCCCGAAAACUGGCAGGAGCUCUGGGGCGCCUCCCGCAGAAGGUCAUAUGGAGGUUUUCUGGAAUUGUACCCAGUAAUUUAGGAAACAAUACCAAGCUUGUGGAAUGGAUGCCGCAGAAUGACCUACUUGGUCACCCCAACAUCCGAGCCUUUCUGAGUCACGGGGGCCUGAACAGCAUCUACGAGGCCAUGUACCACGGCAUCCCCGUGGUGGGGGUGCCGCUUUUCGGGGACCACUACGACACCAUGACCCGCGUGGAGGCCAAGGGCAUGGGCAUCAUGCUGGAGUGGAAGAGGAUGAGCGAGGAAGACCUGUACCAGGCCAUGGUGAAGGUCAUGAAGGACAACAGGUAUAGGGAGCGUGCCCAGAUCCUCUCUCACAUUCACAAAGACCAGCCGGGCCACCCGGUCAGCCGAGCCGUCUACUGGAUCGGCUACAUCCUGCGUCACCGCGGCGCCGACCACCUGCGCUCCUCCGUCUACAGCAUCCCCACCUACCAGUACUUCCUGUUAGACAUAGUCGCCGUGGUGACGGCGGCGCUGCUGGUGCUGGCGUACGCCGUCUACCGGAUAGCCAAGCUGGUCACGGCGAGGGGGUGCGGGGCGGCGGCAGCGGCGGCGGCGGCGGCGGCGACGGCCGACAAGGCCAACGGACACUGCCACAACGGCGUACCGAACGGAAAGCACCGGAAGAACGGGCACAUCAAGCUCGAGAAAAAAGUUAAAUAGAAGCACCCUCACCGCCCCUCACCGCCUCCCCCCCCCCCCCCCCCCUCCUUGCCUCCCUCUUGGGUUUGGUCGAGCUAGUACUGUAGGGCGUGAAAUCGAACGGAACGACCACAAUGACGAGCGACAGAAAAAACCACACCGGCCAUGCACUCACAGCACAGCGGACGACUCUCGCAGGAAGCGAAGGCUGAGGUUAGCGUUAGCGUUAGCGUUAGCGCAAUGGCAGGACAGCACGCUAGCGCGUUAGCACACACACACACACACACACAUACCAACAGUUCAUCUAAUAAAAGAGUUGGGAGGCCAAAGUCUUUAUCUGUGUGUGUCUGUGUGAGUGUGUAAAAAAAAAAAAAAGCAAAAGAAGCAAACAACAAAAAAAAAGAACUAACAAAAAAAAUAGACUUUUCAUUUUUCUUUUUUUUUUUGAAAGCUUUCUUCCCUGUGGAAAGUCCCUGUAGUAGAGUGAAUGUUGUGAAUGUUGCCUCUGUCUGUGAGAUUCCCAGUUUCAUGCUUUUGUUGGGAAGGAAAUUAACAUUUUUAACAUGAAACUACUGUACUGCCGAACAUCAGGUAAAUAUUUAAAAACAGAGAGGGAACAAAAUCUAUUUAUUACUGUAGUACUGUACUAAUUGUAUCUUCAGAUGAGAUAAAUGUUUUUUUUUCUUUGUUUUAAUAAGCAUAUAAUAAGGAUACCACAGCAUCUUUUUUUAUAUUUUAUUUUUUAUUUUAAAAUGUAGUGUUUCCAGAAGCACUCCCCCAAACACUUGAGUAGAUUCAUGGAUAGGCUCAUUCAUGGCUUCUGUCCGCAUAUAUGAAGGUGUUCUUGCGACUCAAUUUCUAUCUUCACACGAUAUGAAAAAUCUGAUGAGAGAUUGGGCGCGAGAUUGGGCUAUUUUUAGGCUAGCUUUUUUCUAAAUUGUUUCUGUAAGUAACAUCAUGGUGUCGCGCAUGUCAAUGCGACUGUGUCACAUGAUGUCCUGUUAGCUUUGCUUGACAGCACAGACUAGACUUUAACUUGAAGGUAAAUGCUAUUGGUUUUCUUUUUUUAAAUUAUUUCAGUCUUUUUUUUUUAAGUCAUGAAAUUAAUUAUAUUACAGAAUCUAUUUUCCCAUGACAGUUUAAAGCAAAAAUUUGGCAUUCUAUCGCAAUGAUAAUUUUAUGUGUAUAUGUGUGUUUAUGUAUAUGCACACCCAUAUAUCGUAUUAUAUUAUAAUCCUUGAAUGAAAGAACGAAUUAAGCUUUUUUUGCAUUCAAAAUUUCAUGCGCAUUUUACCCUUGUCAACCAAUGACAAAUGUAUAAAUCUGUCAACUUUACUGAUUCCCAACAAAACAUCAGACUUUCUAAAUGUGUAGUGCUUCAGAAAUGUGUUUGAGUCUAUCUAGACGAUUUUAUAAAUGGAAAUGUGUGUAUAUGUGUGCACAAUAUUUCGUUGAUGUAUGCAGUAUGCUUGUUUUGUUGUGUGUGUCCCAGAUUGAUUUGUUAACGCUAAAUGUCCAGAUUAAAGGGGAUGCAGGCCACUCUGAGUUCAGGUAAGCGUUGAGCUAUCCCAAUAUUAUACUUAGAUUACUUUUGCUGAAUGCUAAACUAUUUGCUUACAACUGUUGGCCAUUCCUUACUUUCAUUGGGUAAAGUAAAUGCCCUAGAAUUAGCAUAAGUCAGUGGAAUAGGCUUUACCAUGCCUGCAUCGCUAUCCACAUUUAACAUCCGAGUUUAAAACUUUCACAGAAAAGGUUACAUGGUAAAUAUCAAAAGCAAUUACCUAUAUAUUAUUUUGUUCUCACAAAUGAUGUAUUUGUAAUUCAUCAGUCUCAACACCGUUCCAACUUUUAGGAGUUCCGAUGGCUUCCGUAUGCCUUCAAAGGUACUUCAAUAUAUUUUGAUAGAUGGCAUAUGGAUUGAUUGAUUCUCAUUUCAAAAACCCCAUUCCCAUUUUAAAUGUGUUUUUUUAUUAUUAUUAUUUUAAAAAAAUUCUGCAGUCUAUAUGCAGUCUUUGGGUCUCAUAUUUCAGAAAGGGUCCCUGUGCGUGUGUGUGUUCAUAUAUGCACAUACACACAUACUCACGCAUGUCUGUGACUGGUGACUGUAGGAGUGUAAAGCAACUUCCAUAAAGAUGUGGAAGAAAUCAUUGAUAUUUGUAAGAAACCAUCAGGAACAGGUUUGUGAUAAUGGCGCACAGACCAGCAUGGGGAGGACUGUAAAAGAGCAUGUUGGCGUGCAUCUCCCUGAGUAUUGUCAUGCUCACGUCCAGCCAAUGAGGUGGGCGACACCCCCUUCAUUUGGACCAAUGAAACUAAGCAAAAAGAUAAAAGCUAUGAAAGAGGCCAGAUCCCAACAUCCAUUUAGUCUCAAACCAAAUGCACCCCUUCAGUCAAGUUAUUACAAAAACAUGAAUUUUUUUUUUUUUUUCCCCCUUAAACCACAGAACAAACAGACCUGAACAAUUCACUAUGUGAAGGAGUGAAGUUUCUUUUUCCAUUGAUUGUUAUAAAAAAAAACAUUGAAGAGUUUACAUUGUAAGUGUGGACUUUUCUAUCCUGGGAAAUAAUUUAUUUUGGUUAAAGCAAAGCACAUUGUAAUUAGCACCCAGAAGGCAAGGAUCAUUUUCCAGCAACCAAAGUAACUUUGAAGGCUGUUGCAUUGGCAGGAAACUGUUGCCUUAAUUUAUAAUCUGUGUUAUUGUUGUAAUAUUUAUUUUUCAAUUUUAAAAAAAGUAAAAAAAAAUCUGGGACACACACUUUGAUUAAACAGUUUUAAUGCAGCUGAUGACUCUUAUGCAAGUGUUAUAAUGUUUAAGACUGUUUACCUAGUUGUUGCACUAAAAUCUCUUAGAAAUCUUACUUACGUGUUAUAAAUCAUGACUGAUAAAACUAAAGUUCUUAUGUGAGAAUUUAGUCUGUGACCAUGGAAAAGGAAAAGAAAUCCCAUCGAGGCCUUAUUUUAUUUUUAAGCGGAUUAAUUCUCUAUGAGCCAGCAUCAUCUGCCCGGUGAAUUGAAUGCAAAAGACUAUGUCGAUACUUGAAAUAUAUGCAAAAAAACGAAAUCGCUUAUUUUUGCAUAAAGAGUUUUUAUUCACUCUUUUCUGUAUAGCAAUAAGCUGGGCAGCUGUAAUGAGGCCAUGACUAGAGGAGUUGAAAGGGGAGGAUGGAAACAGUUGUGAAUGAAUGUGUUCUCAUCCCUUCUUUUUAAAAAAAAUUAUUUCAGUAUUAAAAAAGUAAAAAAGAAAAAAAAAAUCUUAAGGGACAGCAGUUGGCGAGAUUCCUGUACAGAGCUUUGUCUAGUUUUCUGCCUCGGUUCUGCGUUUUAUGUGGUCAUCUUCAAUAAACUAAUGGCUCCAUUAAAAUGAAAAAUGGAAAAUAAAAACAAAGGAAGUGCAAGACGUUAAGCUAAUGGUAUGCAUGGCCUCCCACACAGCUGAUAACUAAGGCCAUGAAGGAGUCUAUUUCACUUUUACCUUUUUUUUUUUUAAUUUUCUUUCUGUUCCAAGGAAAGGACUUCCUGAAACUUUGCCUCAUGAUUCUGUGUCGGUCUCCAUUUUGAUACACCCCAAGAUUCCGUUACACCAGGCACCAGAAGCCAGGUAAAAUGGAAAAUGGUUUUUAACAGGUUCUGGCCUGGUGGAAUUUUUAUUGUUUUAAACUUUUAAAAUUGACUGUGAUGUGUGUCCAUAUUGUAAAUAUAACAUGUAAACAGACAAAACCGGACUAAUGCUGAAUAAACUGCGUAUUUUA